UGUAUGAAAAAGAAAUGAUGUGUGUCUGUGACAGCGUCACCGUAGGUGACUCACAUUUUACCCGUAUAGAAGGAUAAUGGGCGGAGCUAUUGACACGAAAAAAAAAGAGAUGAAUCGCUUACAAAAGAAAAUAACCGAAUGCAGGUGAGUUGUUCUAGUUGAAAGGUUGCCACCGUUGGACGCAGCUGCUGUUUUUGGACGGGAUCGGAUGGAUCUUAGCAACGGAGGUGUCCUGCAACUCCGCCAACUCUUCCAGGCUUGUGAUCGACAUCAAAGAGGCUACAUCGAUCGCCAUGAAUUCGGCCAACUUUGUGCCUCUUUCCAGAUAGAUCCGGCCGACGUGGACGUCAUCUUUAAUGACCUAGAUCGGGACCGUGAUCAACGUAUUAGUUUGGACGAUUUCAGUCAAGGGUUUCGUGAUUUCCUCGAGCCCGGAAGAGUUGCCGACGAGGAGCGAGAUGAUAGGGUGAACGCUCCUCCUUCGCGGCGUCGGAUGGAGAGGCAAGCGACUUUGAAAGCCUGGCGUGAAUUCUCCGAUAGACUGGGCUCCGACACGAUCCGCCAGUUUCUGGCCCACAGCGCCGAUCAUUUGUACGGCCUCUACGAGGAGUUGCAGCAGAGCGAGGCUCCCGCCCAGCUCAUCAGUCAUUUCGAGAGUCUGAUGGAAAGUCUCGUCUCGGAUGCCCGUCAACUGGAACGUGAACGAGACAAAUUCGAUCUGGCCAUCCGGCGUGAACGGGAGCAACAUCAAGUGCACCUCAAAAAUCUGGAAGAGGAGCUGGAAAUUCAGGUGCAACGGGUGGCCCAGGUGGUCAAGAACGAGGCGGAAAUCAAGUGCGAGGCGGAAAAACGGACGUUGCAGCACAGUCUCGAGUCGGAAAUUGCCCAAUUGCAGACUCACUUGCGACUCUUCCAAAAGGUGGAAAAUUGGUUGAAUCGAGAACAACAGGAGGCGCAGACACGGGACCAGCAGGAGGCCGUCGAGCGGACAUCCAGUGAGAACCGCCAAUUGAAACUUUCACUAGUCGACGCUCAAACCACAUUGGCUCUGCUGCAAACGGAAUUGUCCCAGUUGAAAUCCCAGUACUAUGAAAAGGACAGGCUGCUUUACAGUGAAAAGGAGGCCAUGUUGGAUUUGGUCAGCCACCAAGAUCACGUCCAGCGCCAAUUGGAAUUGCUCCACGAUGCUAAUCGCCAUCUUCAGGAUACCAACGAUUCUUUAAGAGCUCACGUAGAUUUCGCUACACUCCGACGAUCGCCUGUUGGAUUUCUUUUUACCCGGCCGUCUUCCCGUCAAGAUUCCGUGUCUGGCCAUUGUUUGCCACAUCCAAUGGACGACGAAGUCAUGCCGAUAACUGGAGAUAGCGGUCAUAGUUCGCUUUUGCUGAGCGAACCAAAUGAGCACAUGCUGGAAAGGUCCGGCUCUUUCAGACGCAGUUUCAGGUCGCUACAACCUUCGGCCUCUUUACGUAACGAAUUACACCUGGCGGCACCUUCACCCUGCCCUUCCCAAAUCUUCAAUCAUUUCCAGCCCAUCAUCAAACUGAACAGCGACGUCAGCAGUUUCCGAGCGCUGGACGAUUGGGAGCCGACAGGUCCAGCCGACCGGACGUUUAAAAUCAUUUUCGCCGGAGAUUCUGCCGUCGGCAAAUCCAGUUUCAUAUCUCGGCUUCACGACGGGGUCUUUAUCAGUCACACAACAACGACAUUAGGUGUCGACUACAAGGUGAAAACUAUUCGAGUGGACGAACGUAACGUGGCGGUCCAGCUAUGGGACACGGCAGGCCAGGAAAGGUUUCGUUCCAUAACUCAAUCUUACUACCGCAAGGCUGACGGUAUCAUGUUACUGUUUGACGUCAGCAACGAGCGGAGUUUUCUCAAUAUCCGGCACUGGGCGGAUUGUCUUGCCGAUUGUUUGAGUCGCGAUCAUCUCAAUUUACCUCUAGUCGUUUGCGGUACCAAAGCCGAUUUACGUCCGUCGUCGGCGAACCAGGGACUUUCGUGCGUCCAGCUCAUUCAAGCUCAACGAUUGGCCGCUCAACUGAAGGCUCAGUACAUCGAAACGAGCGCCAAGACGGGCAGCAAUUUGCUGGAAGCUCUCGUCAUCCUGACAAGGCAGAUGAUGAUCGUGCAAGAUGAUGAGGUUAAAACGUCCGGAUUGCGGCUGACGGAUAGGCGCAUCUGGGGAUUUCUCGUUUAUAAAUCUCGGCGCAAACGCACAGAUACACAGUCACGCUAAUAACAGAAUAAUGAUCCAUCACAUUUGAAAUGGAAAGCAAAACAAAAAUCAAAUGGGAGAAAUUGAAAAUAAAAACACAAAAACUCGAGAAAAGCGAAUUUUUAGAACGAAAGAAAUAUCCAAUGACGCACUUAAUAGUAAAAAAAUCACACAAUAAAGCAAAAAGAAAUGCA